AUGAUUACGUAGAUUACUAAAACAUUUCGAAGAUUCGAUAUUUUUGGAUAAUAAAUUAGACUAAAAGCAUCAGGUUAGUCUCUUUAUUAAACUCAGAUUGGAGCAUUUAUGACUUUAUUACUAUUUAGCAUACUUAUAUAUUCAGGUAGUUUAUUUAUUCUUGAAAUGAACAAAGGAAAAAAUGCAAUAUUGAACUCUUAAGAUGCUGUCAUUCAAAAUCAUGAAGUAAUUUUUUGUCUAUUUUAUUAUUUAGGGUUUCAGCUUCAAUUCCACUGAACUUAUAUUUUCAGCAGGAUUGCUUGAUAUUCUGGGUCAACCUAUUCCAAAUGAGGGCAACAGAGUAUUUUAAAUUGGAUUUUAUGUCUGCAAUAAAUCAUUAAAUGAUACAGAAUGUAUUGUAAUACCGGGAACAAUUUGUGGUAAAAGAAUUCGUGAAGCUUCAAAAGUAAUAAUAAAAGAAUUAUUAAUUUAGAAAUUAAAUAUCCCAGAAGCAUAUGAAAAUAUUACUUAUUGUAUGAGUGAUGAUUAUAUCAAAGAGAAUCCCUAAAUAAGAAUAUAGGGAUCAAAUCGCUAUGAUAAUUUUACUUUAUUGGGAGCAUUAAUUGAAAGAUGUUAUAAUAAUACCAAUAUGAAUAGUAUAAUAUUUUAAUAUUCUAGAUUGCGCAUCAAAUGAAGAAAUUGAUAUGUAUACAGCAAAUUCCAAUCUUUAUUAUUCCUAUUCCUUCCAUCAACUCAAUAAGGAAUCAGAUGAUUCACCAUAUUAGAAAACUGAAAAUAUUGAUUUAACUUCACUUUAUUACAAAGUUGGGAAAUACAUUAAAAUUUAUUUUCAAUACUCUUAAAGUUUCCUUGAAUAUAAUCCCUUCUAUUUUUUCCCUAAGUAAGUUUAUCAUGAAGGGGUUGAAUACUAAAAAACAGUGAUAGAUAGUGUACUUUAUUUCUAAGAUGCCAAUACAUUAGCAAGAAUUGAAGUACAUUUAGAUGCUAAGAAAAAAGUUUGUUUUAUCACAUAUUAAACCUUAAUGGAUGUAGUUGCUAAGUUAGGUGGUUUGUUUACAAUUAUAAGGGCUUUAUUAGAUUUUUUACUUUUACCAAUAUAAUCAACACUCUAUAAACUUUUUUUGAUAAAAUUUUUUAUAAAACAUCAAAAUGAGGGCAAUAGUAAGGAUGCUCUAUUGAAAAAUUCUUAACUGAAAGAUAUUAGUUUAACAAACCUAAUAACUUCUUCGACUUAAAGAGAAUUUUUUCAAAAAUAAUCCAAUUUAAUUAAUAAAUAUUUGGAUGUGAGACAAAUAUUAAUACAUCCUCUAUAAUUUACAUAAAAAAUAGAAUGUUUAAAGGAUUCUAUAAAUAAAAUUGAUUUAUUAAGUUCUAGAUAAAUCAAACUUAUAAACAAGCAAGAAGCAGAUGAAUUAUUAGUUUAAAGAAAUAAUGAAGAGUAUAUAAAUUGUAAAUCCUUAAGUUAUGGUACUAUCAAUUCAGAACAUAAGAUAGGAAAUUAAAAUCAUUGCAUCAUUCCAAAAUUGCAAGUGUAAAUACAUUGA